CUGGCAUAGGAUGAAUCCUAGAGGCUCCCGAGAGCCCCCAAGGUGGCCCAAGACAACCACGUAGCCGUUCUGGCUCAAACCGAUCUGGCUGGAUCACCCAAUCUGAUUUGACUCCGGGUCCACACUUUUUUUUCGCAAAGGGAUGAUACACGGCGGCGGCGGCUUUGGUAGCGGCGGCGUGGGUAUGGGUUACGGCGGCGCAUACGGCGGCGACGCGGGCUGCUGUGGCGGUGGCGGCGCGGGUUACGGUGGUGCGUACGGCGCCGACGCGGGUUGCUGCGGCGGCUCGGCGGGCUACGGCUACGGCGGCGCCUCCGGCUUCGGCCUCGCGGGUGGCAUGCCGCCACAAACUCAGACCUACGUGGGGCCUGGUGGUGACUACGUGCAGGAGACGACGUACAAGUACGUUGGCAUGGGGGCGGGCGGCCCGCAGGCAGUCUCGGAGACAGUCAUCUCGAGUAUAUUGCCCCUGCGUCCGCGUGGCCCCAACUGCUGUUGCCUCUGCCUGAUCCCCUUGCUACUGUCGCUGCUGUUGCUCCCGCUGCUCGGCUGGUUCCUGAUGGGCUCAACCAGCACGACGACGACCACGAUUCUCACCACUACUCCACCCCCGCCAAUGCUGGCGGCGCCGCCAACGCCUCCGCCUGACGCUCCGACGACCAAGAAGACCACCACGGAGGCUCCGCCUCCGCCCCCGCCCCCGCCGCCUCCGCCUCCGCCCCCGCCGCCCCCCCCGCCCCCGCCGCCCCCGCCGGAGCCGGUGACGACCACGGAGAAAAAGGUCGACUGCGCGGAGGGCGAUCCGCAGUCCUGGGAGGUGUCCAAGAAGGUCACGUGCUGCUUGCAGGCUGGCAGGGGGUGCCCUACGACGCCGCCGCCCCCGCCGCCUGGCGCCGCCCCCGCCGCCCCCGCCGCCCCCGCCACCGCCUGCGCCUGUGGCGCCGCCUCCGCCCCCGCCAGCUCCUGUGGCCCCGCCUCCGCCGGCCACGACGUCGUCCUGUCCGUACGAUUGCAACGCCGGGUACUCGAAUUGGGAAGCGGGGUGGUCUGCGGACAAGAAAGAGUGGUGCUGCGCCAACAAGCACAUGGGGUGCGUAGAGACGACGUCCAAGCCGUUCGACUGCGAAGCCGGGUACUCGAACUGGCAGGCGGGCUGGGCAGAAGACAAGAAGUCGUGGUGCUGCGACAAUGAGCAGAAGGGAUGCCCGGAGACGACGCCGCCGCCGGCCCCGCCCUCUGAGCCGUAUGAUUGCAACGCCGGGUACUCGAAUUGGGAAGCUGGCUGGUCGGCGGACAAGAAGGAGUGGUGUUGUUCGGAGAAGCAGAUGGGUUGCGGCGAGGCCGCAUCCAAGCCUUACGAUUGUGACGCAGGUUAUUCCAACUGGGAGGCUGGAUGGAGCGACGACAAGAAAGACUGGUGCUGCACCAACGAGAAGAAGGGCUGCCCGAAGUGAGCUUACAGAGGUAGCAGGUUGUCCACGUAGAGCCGUGCCCGGACCAUGUGCAGUCCAAGUGUAGGAUAGGGGUCGUCUAUUUGGGCGUGGUGAGGUGUCCUGGCGACUCGCACGCUACGUCACUUUUGUUUUCGUGGGAUUUGAGCAGAGUCGCUGCUCAAGGUAUAUCCUAUUACUCCUCUCGCUAGGCAAAGCUACUGCGAGAUGUGAGUAUGAGAAUUGUUGUGCCGGAUCUGAUCAAUAUCGACAUUUACCUCCGAGAUGUGAUGGUAACCAGGGCCUCUGGAUAAUAAGGUAUACCCCCCCUUUUAGGCUUGACAGUGUGUAUCUUCCCCAGCCAAUACUGAUUUGGUUGGGGAAGAGGGGCGGCAAGGCCGAACUUUAUCAUCGCGGGG